GCCGCCUUCAACACCUUCUCAGUGAUGGAUAAACUUUUUUUUUUCUUGUAUUUCUUUCUUCUUUUAACAUGAGAGGAUCUGCAUGAUUACAUGUUAUCGGCUAUUUAGUUGGUUCACUCCAUGCCUGAGCCCAAGUCCUAGGGCUAUCUUCUGCCUCCAAUACGGAAGACAACGAGUGAAGCAGAGUCCUUCCUUCCUCAGUAUGGCCUUCACUCGUGAUUAACCACCAAAGGUCAUUCAGGUUUCCCAAGACUGCAAUACGGGGCAUCUAACUCCUUGACAUGCUCUUCAUCAGUUUACUAUAGUGCUCCUAUCUUUAAACUAGGGUUGCACAACGAAGACUUUGCCGAGGGCGAACCCUGUCUGACAGGGGAUCACAUCCAACUGAUAAGAGAUUGACUUAAACCUCUAUCUUGAAUAUAUGCGUCGACCAACGCAAUCUAACAACAGAAAGACCAGACCAUGCAUAUGAACUCGAUUAUUGGACAAAGUCAGGUGACCAUAGAGAGCACGGACCAUCCACAUUUCUGCCCUGGGCUCCGCGAGCUGUAUUGCUUGAUUUUUGUUGUGAAGGUUUUCAUACAAGGAAAAUGGCCUCGGCUUGUAACGAUGCAGGCGGCCUUAAAGGAACUCUAUCUAAUCCGGGUAGCUCUGAGCAAAAAGCUCAGGGAGAAGCCUCGGGCGAUGCCGUCCUAGUUCAAACACCGGCCAGAGUCAGCGAAGUCGUGUAUUCUGCAUUUUCAAAAGCGCAGAGGAGAUAUAUCGUCUUUUGUACAUCCUGGGCUGGUUUCUUUUCUCCGGUGUCUUCACAGAUUUACUACCCGGCCCUAAACACUCUAGCCUAUGACCUACAUGUCUCAGGUGGCUUGAUCAAUCUGACUCUCAUGAGUUAUAUGAUUUUCCAAGGGUUAUCGCCCAUGUUCGUAGGUGACUUUGCAGACAAAGCAGGCCGACGGCCGGCCUACAUCGGAUGUUUCAUCCUGUACAUAGCAGCCAAUAUUGGACUUGCACUACAAAACAACUAUGCCGCACUCUUCAUUCUCCGUUGUCUACAAAGCGCUGGAAUUAGCACCACCAUUGCGCUCGGCUCCGGGGUGGUGUCGGAUAUCGCAACUGCCGCGGAGCGGGGCUCAUAUAUGGGCUUCGUAACUGCCGGCACGCUACUGGGCCCGUCCGUGGGCCCGGUCAUCGGAGGCCUUCUGGCGCAGUAUCUAGGAUGGAGAGCUAUAUUCUGGUUUCUGACUAUAUUCGCGGGCACCUUCGCCGUCCAGUUCUUACUCUUCUUCCCCGAAACCGCCCGGAAAAUAGUCGGCGACGGUUCGAUCGCGCCUCCAACAUGGAACCUAUCAUUGAUCAACUGGUAUCAGACCAGAACAAGCAGAACAGAAAGACAGGAAGCAAACAACACCCCAGGGGAAAGACAUAAUAAGAUCACCUUCCCCAACCCCCUAAGAACUCUCUCCAUCGUCUUCCAAAAAGAUACAAGCAUAAUCCUCCUCUCAAACGCCAUCCUUUUCGCCGGCUUCUACGACGUCAGCGCCUCCAUCCCCUCAAUAUACCAAGACCUAUACAACCUCAACGACCUCCAAAUCGGCCUCUGUUACAUCCCCUUCGGCCUCGGCGCCACUAUCGCCUCCGUCAUCUCAGGCAAAAUCCUAGACUACAACUACCGCCGUCUCGCAAAACGACUCGGCGUCCCUCUCCACCACGGCUCCAGGGAGGACCUAAAAGACUUCCCCAUCGAAAAAGCCCGUCUGCAACUCGCUUUCCCGCUACUAACCAUCGGCAGUCUAACCGUGAUUGCAUUCGGCUGGGUUCUACACUUCGGCAUCCAUCUAGCUGCCCCUACCACGAUCCUCUUCGUAAUGGGACUAGGCUUGACCGGUGCCUUUAAUACUGUAAGUACAUUGCUUGUGGAUCUUUACCCGGGUAACGCGAGUGCCGCGACGGCGUCGAAUAAUUUUGUUCGCUGUUUGCUGGGAGCUGGUGCCACGGCUUUGAUUGAUCCUAUGUUGAAUGCCAUGGGGAGGGGAUGGUGUUUUACUUUCAUUGCGUUUGUUAUGUUAGGCACGGCGCCGCUUUUGGGGGUUGUUGUGAGGUUUGGGCCGCGAUGGAGGGAGGAGAGGUUGGGGAAGACAGACAUACAAAGAAAAGAAAAAACAAUCGCAGUUGCUGAAUAUCCCGUGUAUUGCUUGCUCGCUAAAUCCGAACCAAUUCAGAUCAUAUCGUGA